CAUCCGAUCCUCCGACUCCGACUCGCCAGAACCAAGCCGCCACCACCAAAGCAACACCAAUGGCGCCUCUCAGCCACACAGCCCCAGCCUACAUCCCGACGAAGAGAGGCGCGCCAUGGAUCCCGCCGCCGCCAGCCUCCGGGCUUCCUACGUAUAUCAGCUGGAUGCCCACGCCGCCGCCACGGUUCUUACCGUGGCCGCACCUGGCGCCACCUCCGCCUCCGCCGCUGCCUUGCUGGAGCGUCCCGCAGGUCCCUUGCGCCACCGCCACGGGGAUGGUGCAGCGCCCGCUGGCCUGCGUUGCGAGCGCCGCCGCCGGGAACGCGAACGAGGCGGCGACGAACCAGCCGUCCCCACGCUCCGUGCUCGCGGUCACCAGCCCGCCCAUCUCGCCGACGACGUCCCUCCCGACGUCGUUCCCGUACCGGCUGGCGCCCCCUGCGCCGCCGCCCACCGCAGGCCACGCCGCUCCAACGCCGCCUCCCACCGCCAAGCGGAGCGUGGCUGCCCGUCCACGGCACGGGCGACGGUCGAGCCGUGUCCGCCGCACCCGCAGCGCUCCCAAGCCUCGGCGUCUGUUCGAUCCUACUUCCGAGCUUACCAGUUUCAUGAUCCGAAACAUCCCUAACGAUUUCACGAGGGCGAGGUUGAUUCAUAUCCUUGACCAACACUGCUCCAUCGAAAACGAGAAGAUCGCGCCGGGCGGGGUGAGGUCGCAAUACGAUUUCCUCUACCUGGUGGUAGAUUUCAGGAGCCGUGCAAACAAAGGCUACGCAUUUGUGAAUAUGACCUCGCCGGAGGCGGCCCGUCGGCUCUGGACGCACCUCCAUGGACACCUGUGGGCUUUUAAGAGCAGCGCGAAGACCUGCGCAGUCGACUACGCUGAUUUACAGGGGCAGGACAACUUGGUCAGCCAUUUUUCUGGGUCGCGCUUCGAUUGCGACACAGACGAGUACCUGCCAGUGCGCUUUGAGCCUCCGCGCGACGGCACACGGCCUGCCGAGGGAGCCAUGAAUGUCGUUGGUCGGCGGAUUACCCGUUCGCGUCCCAGUGAUGAGAACUAAUCCGUCGUCUCGCUGCCUGUAUCCUGGCCACCCCGUUUCAUAUCUCGUGUUCUAUCUGUUUCUGUUUAAGGGAGGAACAGAUAGAACGGGAGAUACGAUACGAUGGCUCAUCUGGAGCGGAUAGAAUGUGAGACACGAUACGGGGAGUCGUCUGACGUCUUUGCAUAAUCUGUCUGUGGAUUGCUCUCAGUUCGUAUCAAUGUGCUUUCUAGCGAUCUUGACUCAGAACUACUAAGUUUAGUGUUGAAUCUUAGGUUGUCCGGUUAUGUAUGUAUACUACUAUAUGAAUUUGGUCAUGUUAGGCUGUUAGUCUAUGUGUGUGUUUACUUUGAGGCGUCUGAGGUUUGAGUACCGGUGUUGUUAGUGUUAGCAGGCUAAAAACCUGCUUGUUUCCCGGCAUAUGGAUUAAUUCUAGCGCUUUGAUUCCUCUGCAUGAUGAUAACAGCCUCAUC